AUGGGCACCUUCACCAAAGCUGGCACCAUGACCAACAUCAGCCACAGGUUGCUCCAUCUCAGCAUCAACCUGCAUGUGGGCAUGUUCAUCCUGGCAUGCCACAAGCUGGGGUGGAUUGCACAGUACAAAGUCAUCCCCAUGUUCAAGCUCUACAUGGUCAAAAAGGAGGGCAACAAGUUCCAGCACAGCUCUUCUGCCCCUCCCUUGCUGAUUGUUGCCCUGCUCAACCCUGAGUUCAAAGAGGUGGCCCAAUCCUGA